UUAACGUUCAUCCCUUUUAGACUCAUAAAAUAUAAAGCUCAAUAUUGCUCAUAUAGUGUAUAUUUGUAUAUGUAAAGUCUAGAGCACAACAUAUGGACGCCUAAUUUAGAUAAAUUUCAUACAUUAUGAUGAAUGAAAACUUGUAAGGAAGGUCAUUUCCAGCCUAUGAUAAUUGCUAAGAGAUUAAGUCAAUUUACACAAACACAAUAAUUCAUUAACUCAUACCAUUGUCAUAAUUUUUUGUUAGGUGAAUACUUCUAUACUAAUCGUAAGAUAAUUGUCUUAGUUGCAUGUAUUUUUGUUAAGGGUCAACUAUAACUACGUGUUGAUUGUCAUGUUUUAUUCAUUAUAUAAAUUGCGAAUUGUUGCAUUAACCGGAAAAUUUUCAUCCUCAAUGAUAAUGUGAUUUUAUAUUGGUUAAUCUGGUUAACCAAUUCACCAAACCAAUUAAACUUUAGUUUGGUUAAUUUGGUUGUUGUAUUAAUUAGUUUGGACGAUUUGGUUAUGAUAUUGUAUUCUAUAGUUAAUGAAAUUUAGCCUUAUUUGAUUUGGUUAUAACCAUAGUAACCAUUUCAACACCCCUACCAUUUUCGAUCGACUGAUCUCCUUACUCUGUGGACUUUGCUCUUCUUUUCUUUUGGACCCAUCGUCCUUUUCCUUUUCUUUUACAAAUUUUCUAGUGUACACACAAUGUGACGUGCACUAUGAUUUCAUAUCUCUGCCUCUCAAUCAGACUGGUUAUACAUCGAUCUGUCCCAUUAUUAAUUGGAUAUAGGGCUAAAAGAGUUUGUGUAAAUUACUUAGGUUCGAUCAUAAGCCACAAAAUUUCAAUGUUUCAUAUCGUCUCCAAGUUAUAAUCGCAAUUUAAAAUUUAAUAAAUCUUGUACUUUUAUAUUUUUAGAUUAGUAAAAUGCUUUUACGAAGAAUCAUACUUUUCACUUAUAAAUCAAAAUCAACACUUUAAAACCGAAAAAAUUUAUGUUUUGACUGCAUCGAUCGCAUAAAAUUACAUAUUUUAUAUAUAAAGCCAUCCGCAUAAAAUUAUUUAUAAUCCUCAUCUAUAUAUGUGGAGGAAGAUUGCCUAUAAAACCCUAAUACAAUCAUAGCUACUAGCACUUGCGAAAUAUGUCGAGAUAUUUUUAUUAGAAACUACAAUACCUCUCCAUACAUACCUUCAUAUGAAAUGGAACUUCCUUAAAGAACCAGAUUCUGACACUAUUAGAUAAUAUCUGUGGAAGUUCCAAGCUCAUUGCAAUUAUACGGGAAAAUGCCACAUUUAUUAUUGGAAUUACUAAAUCGUGUCAUAUUUAGUCAUAAAAAAAAAUUAAUAUCAAUUUUGGUCACUCGAAUUACUGAAACAGGCCACAUUUAGUGACUCUCCGUUAGACUCCGUCCAACUACAUUAACAGAGGCCUUUAUGUGUUAACAUGGCUAAGGGGAGUGUCUGGUCGCUGUUUUGGGUCGAAAAUGGUCAAACCCAACUCGCCAGGUCACUAAACCCGCCAUGUCAUACACCCAACCCAAUUCAUGAACCCAACCCGACCCAAAACCAAACCCGAGCCCACCUAACAAAACAAAACUCGCCAUCUCUCUCCUCCAACCUCAUCUCCCAAUUCCCUUCCUCAGCAAGCUCGAACUUCAUCAAUCUGCGAAGCUAUUCGUUUCCGUUUUCCCGAACACGUACGGUCAAGGAAACACGUAAUUAAGUACAAUGGAGGCGGCGGCCGGAGAUUAAGCUGUAAGUUUUGCAUCAUCAUGCCCGACGCGAUGCCGUCAAAUUGCAGCAGCAUUACUUAUUUGUCAAACACUGAUCAUCAUCAUCAUCAUAAUUAUUACCUAAUAAAGCGGGAUCAACUGGGCUUGCUUGCCAGCUUUUCAGUUAAUAUGUCGUUUUGCGCCUUCUUUAUAACUGAACGGCACCCUGUACCUGCAGUACUAACCAAUUUACUACAGGCUAAAUUGGAUAGCAAUUGUGCACCUAAAAACGAAACACCAUCAAAACAAACGAAAAGGACGUUAAUGUGGCAUGUCGAUCGGGAGAAGAAAUAAAUCACUAUAAUUAUAAGUUGACAGGCUGAUUUCCAGUUUGGUAAUAAAACAGUGUAACUAAUUUAUUUGUAGUAAGAGAAAAGAAGUAAUUAUGACGACGAAACAGGGAAUUGACAGCCAAUGAAAGGGGAACAUUCAUGCCUCUAUGUUAAGAGGUUGUUUUCCAUUUCUGUUUAUGAGUACUGGUCAAGUCAAAUUAGACUCUAAUUACAAUUAAUUAAUUAAUUAAUAUUUGGUUAAUUGGGAAAUGGGAAUCCCCUGUUUCUGCGACAUAAUUAAGGGGUUUGUUUCCAUGGCACAUAUUUUAAUAUAAUAUAAUUAUUAACUAAUUUCUGAUCGAGGUUGCUUUCAUAGUCAGCACUCUGCAGCAGCAUCUUUUAGCGCUCUCCAUAAGCCGUACGUUGUUCUUUCAUAAAUCUUUUUUUAAUUAAUUAGCCUCUAGCAGUAGCAAGUGGGAUGCUUUUAAUAAGUUAGUUAAUUUGGUCAAACUAAUGUAUGUAUGAGAAUUGGUGCUCUUGUUGUCUUCUUUCUUUCCCAAUGAAUCCAAUGCAUGGAUAAGAGAAUAUAUAUAUGGCUUAUAAAUGCUUGGUUUGGUUUGCAAGUAAAUUCCUUCCUCAUUUCAAUGUACGUGUAUUUAUGAUUUGCUAAUUAGGUCAUACAAAGGAAAUACUAAAAAAAUGAUCGAAGUAUUUUUUUUUUGCAUCAGGGGGAGGCUAAAAGCCAAGAAAAAGAGUUACAUGGGGGAGGUGAGAAUAGGAGAGGAAGAGGUAGCAACCACUCUACGGGUGCUGGUGGUGCCAAUCCUGUCUUCUCUGAGCAGGGAGUUAAUUCCCGGAGGCGGGUUCGUUAACUCAUGCAUACCGUAGGGAUAGACGAGACUGUGCUUCGAGAGCCAGUCCGCGACUCUAUUCCCUUCCCGGUAGGUAUGCGUUAAGCGAACCAGCCAGUCGCGGUUAAUCUUCCUGCGAAUAGCGGAGAGGAGAGUAGCAUACGGAUGAAUCGGGUCAUGUCUAGCCUUGAUGAGCUGCAACGCCAACUGCGAGUCAGUCUGGAUGUGGAUGGUUCUUCCUCCAUGCUUCCAAGCGAUGUCCAGGCCAAAAGAGAUUCCCCAGAGCUCCGAGAGAAUCGAAGUAUUAUUACUAAUAGAUAAAGGAAAGUUAGACAGGAAUUUAUUGUAUUUAACAACAUACAGGUAAAAUGCCUUUUCAGGAACACCCGAUAUAUAAAUAAAUAAUCGCUAUCUUAUAUUAUCUAUCUUGCUUCAACAUAAUCACCCAAUUCCAACAUAAAUAAUGAUCAGCGCCUUAAUUAAUGAGUGAAAACACACGGGGCCAAGUACAAAAUUUUGUUUCUCAAACAGUAAGGAUGGUGAAUACGUUCCUCGAUCGAUAAACAUCUAAGCCAAAUGCGCCAUUUUUUAUCAAAAUCGGUACGACAAAUGAACUAAAACAGUAAGGAUGGUUAUGAAUAUCCGUUCAUAUAUAUCAGUCUCUUAUUUUGCGAAUUCAGAAGAAGAUGGCGCCGUGGAAGGCGAAACGGCUGUCUUUUGCCGCUCGCCUUACUGUUGCUAGAUUGGUAGCUGCUUCUUUACCCGUUUAUACUAUGCAUACAGAGCUAAUUCCUAGUGGUGUUUGCAGGAGCAUUGAUAAGAUCAGUAGAGAUUUUAUCUGGGGAGAUGAGGAAAAUCAUUCCAAGUUUCAUCUGGUGGCUUGGGAUAGAUUGACGAGGCCCAAAGCGCAAGGGGGAGUGGGGAUUCGGCAGACUCGGCAGGCGAAUCUGGCCAUGCUUGCCAAGGGAGGGUGGCGGCUUCUCAAGGACAAAGAGUGUAUCUGGCGGGAACUCAUCCUUUCGAAGUAUGGGGGUCAGAGAGCCGAUCUUGAUGUCCUGAAGAAAAUUCAGGGAAGUUCCUUCACCUGGAGUAGCUUUUCUAAAGCUGCUGACCUUCUUAAGCAAGGUUGCGCGUGGAAUAUUAGGAAUGGGAGAAGAACUAAAUUUUGGUCUGAUCCGUGGAUUUUGCAGGUGCCUCUGAAGGAUUUGGUGAUAGGAGAUAUGCCGGAGGAUGCAGAUGAGGCGAUGGUUGCGGAUUUUGUUCGUGCAGACGGCAGUUGGCGUACUGAGCUCCUCUCAGGGCGCCUUCCUCAUGACAUCGUCAACAAAAUUACGAGUACAGCGGUGGACACUAUCUCUCAAGAGGAGGACUCUCUGUUCUGGGCCCCAGCUGCUGAUGGCCGGUUCUCCACUAGAUCGGCCUAUGCUCUUCUCACGGAUCAAGGCCAGCAGGGCACUGACGGGGUUUGGAAGGAGAUUUGGCGGUUACCAGUGCCUGAACGUGUAAGAUGUUUUAUUUGGCUGGCGAUCCAGGGUAAGCUAGCCACGAAUGUGAUGCGGUUCCAGAGGAAGGCAGCUGAGUCACCUUGCUGCCAGAGGUGUACUGAUCAUCCGGAGACUGUGCUCCACAUUCUUCGAGAUUGUGCCCCCGCAGCAUAUUUCUGGUGUCGCCAUGUUCCCCAGCCAAAACAGCAUGAGUUUUUCAGUGAUAGCCAUGAAGACUGGUUCCGCAAGAAUAUCACAUGCAAGGAGGUCAGCAGUACAGGAAUUGAUUGGCCGGGGUUCUUUAGCAUGACCUCGUGGCUGCUAUGGAAAAAUCGAACCACGGCCUCCUUUAAAGGGUUGAGUGCAGCUCUUUCAGCUUCUUCUUUAACACACUCGAUUGUGACGAAGACCAAGCUUUGGGAUGACUCUUGGCAUGCCCCGGAGCUGUUCUUAAACCAGAAGAGGAAGCCGGUGGAGCGUAUUGCGACAGCAGUUGGUUGGACUCCGCCAUUGGAGGGCUGGGUCAUGCUUAAUACUGAUGGAGCGUCGAAUGGUAAUCCGGGGCCAGCCGGAGCUGGAGGGCUGGUGCGUGACUCGAUGGGCAGAUGGCUGGGAGGCGUGGUUGCCAAUCUCGGAACUGCGACGGCGGCGCUAGCAGAGUUAUGGGCCAUUUGCUAUGGUCUGGAUUUGGUUUGGAACCUCGGUUUCCGAGCAGUUAAGGUGGCUUCUGAUUCCAAGCUGGCUCUGCAGUUGAUUCAGGAGAGACAUGAUCCCACCCACCCUUAUGCCACUCUUCUGAGUCUUAUUCGAUGAAAGAUUGGGCAAGAUUGGUUGGUCAGCUUGUCUCAUACGUACCGGGAAGGGAAUAGAGCCGCGGACUGGCUCUCGAAGCACAGUCUCGUCUAUCCCUACGGGAAGUAUGAGUUGACUGACCCCCCUACGGGUAUUACCCACAUACUGCAGGAUGAUGUUAGAGGUGUCACCUUUGAGCGCCAAGUUGUGGCAAGCUCCUCUUCCCCCACCUAAUCCCCCCUGUAAUUUCUCGUUCUUGGCCUUUGCCUCCCUUUGAUGCAAAAAAAAAAAAAAAAAAGAUAGCUAGAUAUCUGUUUCGUGUAAAGCUGAAAGCAAAUUAAAGCAGAGAUCAUAAUGAUGCCUUAGAGUAGGAGAAGAGUUAUUGCAUGCAUGCAUCAUAUCAGCAAACAUGGAUACGCGAUCCACGAUCUAACAAGAGACGCCCAUAAUUCCCGGUCUUAGAAUUCGGGUUUGUUUUCCGUUAGCUAGCGUACAAACAAACAAAGAAACAAACAAGUAGGAUUUGUGAUGUUCAUCAUGCAACUUCCAUACCUAAUUCCCAUGUCGUUUUGUGUAUCCCUUCCAACAGAAAUCCCGUCCGAUCGAUCACAAAUUUUCAGAUGUUCUCGCAUUGAAGAUUUUGUCUCUUUGCGACCCAGAGUGGCAAAAGCAAAGCCCAUCUGCCUUUGCUUGCACCUCCCACGAUGGUGCACAUGCGGCUGCAUAAAUCGUCAGUUGGGGCCGGCAGCAGCCAUGUUCAUGUGCAGUGGCGGACCCCCGUUUUGCUCACUCCGAUUUUUUCAUGCUAAAUUUUCAUUCAGCUGACAAUGACAUGUACAUAAUCCUCUCCUGAGUUGAUAUAUUGUUUGAUCAUGGGAAAAAUAACUUCAGUGUCGUUAGAUCAAUGCAAAUAAUAAUAACAAUGUUCAUCAUGAGGUAAUUUGGUGAUGUUAUGGGACAAUCCAAGUACCGCAUCGGAAAUACAAGGGAAGGAACCAUUGUAUACUAGCAUAGGGCCCCGCCCGUUGGCGGGAGAGGUUGACUCGUUUGAUCAAAGAGUUUAAUAUUUAAAUAGAGGUUGUACUUAAUUUAGAAGUAUUUGUGCAAUAAGCAAGCAGCUCAUUUUUCCUGUACUUAUAUUGUAAAUGCUUGGGUGAAUGUUUUCUUCUGGUAGUUACCAAUGUAUAAUUAAUUAAAUACCAAAAACGUAUAAAACAUGUCUAAAAUAGAAUACAUGUACCUAAUAUAUACAUUAUCUAAUUCAACUACAUAUUUGUAAAUAAAGUCUUAUUGAUAUAAAAAGUUGGUAAGUAACAAAGUUUCUUUUAAUGAGAUUUUCGUAAUAAAAAAAGGUUUGUCCUUUGAUGAAGUUUAGAGCAUCCGUGAAAUACUUUUCUCAAUAGUAAUCUUUGUGGUUGAUUAUUGCACAGAGUAUAAAUUUGGAAUUACAUUUAUUAAUGAGAUAGAACUAUUUGCAAAUUGGUUACCAAUUAGUUGAACAAUGUACUCAAACUAUAAUUAUAUCUUCUAUAUGUCAAGCUGCCAUGUAUCAGUUUCAUUGAACGAAGUCAUGUAAUAUUAGGAGUUCAAAAAAUAAUAUUGGUGGAUUGAUUGAUACAGAAUUUUAACUAUUCAACAAAUUAAGUACAUCAUCUAUGGACCAUCACAACCGGUUAGAAAGCAACUUGUUCGCAUUUAUACCAAGGAGAUCCGAUAUUUUGUUUAAGUUGUAGUGAAGUUGAUGGAGUCCCAUCAAUGUGUUAGUAAGCAAAAUGUUGCCACUUAGUUCGUAGAGGAGAAAUUUAAAUAUGUUUCCAUUCAAUAGUGAUCACUCAUGUUAGUCUCUUACCAAUCAACCUAGUGUGAAUCCCACUUCAUUAAAGUUUCAUAACGGUA